UCCAACAGUGAAAGAGCUAAAGAAGCAGCAUUUAAUAGUUUUGAGAAAUUAUCUCAUGUCUUGGAAGAAAAGAAAUGUGCUGCUCUUAGGGCAAUUGAAACUUCUAAGAAUUUAAGGCUGGAAAAAUUGCAAACACAAGUGGAAGAAUAUCAAGGACUCCUGGAAAAUAAUGGCCUUGUAGGAUAUGCUCAAGAAGUGCUUAAAGAAACUGAUCCAUCUUGUUUUGUUCAAACAGCAAAACAGCUUCAUGUCAGAAUCCAAAAAGCUACUGAAUCUCUGAAGAACUUCAGGCCAGCAGCUGAAACUACUUUUGAAGACUUUGUGGUGGACAUAGCCAAGCAAGAAGAGAUCCUUGGUGACUUGUCCUUCCAUUCUAAUGAUCUUGAAAUACCAGAAAUCAAUGAAGAGCAGAGCAGAAUAUACAACAAAGCUCUGAUCAGUUGGGAAUGCCCCAGAAAGACAGACUCAGCUGAUAUCUAUGUUCUUGAGUAUUGUAAGCUUAACACGGAAGAGGAGAGUGCAACGUGGCAGGAGAUCGAAGUUUGCUGCAAGAGCAAAGUAAUAUCUAAUCUUGAUGAUGACAGCAGCUAUGCCUUUAGAGUUCGAGGAUAUAAAGGUUCCAUCUAUAGCCCUUGGAGCCGAGAAGUUAUUUUGCGUACACCUCCAGCUCCAGUUUUCAGUUUUCUUUUUGAUGACAAGUGUGGGUACAACAGUAAUCAUCUCUUGCUGAAUCCAAGAAGGACCUCUGUGGAAAGUAGGGCUGGAUUUCCUCUACUGCUGGGAUCUGAGCGCAUGCAGGUCGGAUGCUACACAACCCUGGAUUACAUCAUUGGCGACACUGGGAUUGCCAAAGGGAAGCACUUCUGGGCUUUUCGUGUGGAAGCUUAUUCAUACCUGGUGAAAGUGGGAGUUGUUUCUAGCAACAAGAUACAGAAAUUGUUUCAUAAUGCCCACGAUGUGACCAGCCCAAGAUACGAACAAGACAGUGGUCAUGACAGUGGGAGUGAAGAUGCCUUCUUUGACUCAUCACAGCCUUUCACACUGAUCACUUUAGGCAUGAAGAAGUUCUUUAUCCCCAUGACGCCCGGUGCCCCCAAGGAUCCAGCAAGCAGAAUCCUUCCCUUGCCAUCAUGCUUGGGCAUCUGCCUUGACUGCAACAAAGGCAAGGUGGAGUUUUACGAUGCAGGCCGUAUGAAAUGCCUUUAUGAGUGCAAGGUGGACUGCUCUGGCAUAAUGUAUCCAGCAUUUGCCUUAAUGGGUGGCGCGGCAGUUCAUCUUGAGGAAGCCAUCACAGCAAACUACAGGGAGUACCACGACGACAUCUAG